CGGCAGACAUGAGGAUUUCUAUUCUAGGCCUCUAGGUCUAGUUCAUGACCUCGGUCCGCUUUCGGCCCUAUAGAUCACUAGUCACACUAUAUCAGAGCAGCGAUGGCAUCAACAUUCUUUACAUGGCUCAGGUCUCCUGCUGCUCGCGAGUACUUCUUCAGUACACACUUCUGGGGACCGGUCGCAAACUGGGGUCUUCCCCUUGCUGCCCUCGCCGACCUGAGUAAAGAUGAAGAGGUCAUCUCAGGAUCCAUGACCACUGCACUUGCUGCCUAUUCAAUGGUUUUCAUGCGUUUCGCAUGGAGAGUACAACCGCGGAAUUACCUGCUCUUUGCCUGUCACUUGACAAACGCGACAGCACAGUCAAUCCAAGAAGCUCGCUUCGUGAACUACUGGUAUUAUGGUGGUCGUGAGAAGAAGUUUGGUCUUGACAAAGGUCCAGUCACUCAAGCCAUCGAGGCUUCACAAGCAGAAGCAAAGAAGGUUGUGGAUGCAAAAUAACAAUAUCCCUCCAUCUAGAUACUGAUACGUAAAUUUCACCAAAAUCCAUCAUCUCCAUCACCUUUGCUUUUCUUCCCGCCCUUACUCUGCGCAAGCACCUGUCGUUCAUACAUCUCAGAGAUCUGCCAUAUAAUUAUGAGUAACUGCUAUCUCAUCGAAUCUCAACAUGGCGAAACACUCACUUGCUCAGGUCCGGUAGCAUCAU